CAUGUGAUGACUUUGACACGAACGUCAGUUGUAUUUUCUUUGCUAAACAAUAACAUUUUCAUUUUAUUGAAUUUAUUGAUAAAAUGAAUCUGAAUUUAUUGAUAUGUAGUUCGAAAGUGACACAAUUGUUCAUUCAAAACACUAAACGUCACAUCAAUACUGCAAUUAUUCAGUACAUCCAAAUACGAACCGUGUCAGCAGCAACUCAUAACCUUAAUUAUCUCAAAAGAAGCUCCUGUGUUAAUAGAAAUAGGUGGCAAUUGCAUCAAGCAGCAAAGCGAUUGUAUUCAAGUAAAACUACCGAAAGCAGAGAAAAUUGCAAUGUAGGAACUAUAGGUCAUGUUGACCAUGGUAAAACAACCUUAACAGCAGCAAUCACGAAGGUAUUAGCAAGUGCCGGUAACGCAAAGUACGUGCCCUACGAUGAAAUAGACAAGGCGCCGGAAGAGAAGGCAAGAGGUAUAACAAUCAAUGCAGCUCAUAUUGGUUACGCAACCGAAAAAAGGAGUUAUGCUCACACAGAUUGUCCGGGUCAUGCGGAUUUCAUUAAGAACAUGAUUUCGGGAGCGUCUCAAAUGGAUGGGGCUAUUCUAGUCAUUGCCGCCGACGACGGUCAAAUGCCGCAAACCAGGGAACAUCUGCUAUUAGCGAAACAGGUCGGAAUCGAAAAAAUCAUCGUUUACAUCAACAAAGCAGACAAAUCCGAUCCGGAAACUUUGGAACUCGUUGAAUUUGAAGCCAGGGACCUUCUGACCGACUUUGGCUUUGAUGGUGACAAGUCUCCAGUAAUUCAUGGGUCAGCAACUUUGGCUCUGAAUUCGGAUAUGUCUGACAUCGGUGUACCAUCGAUCCAUCGUUUGAUGAAGGCGUUGGACGACUAUUUUGAUGUACCGCAGCGUGACCUCAGUUCGCCAUUUCUAAUGCCAGUUGAUAACAUGUUCACAGUACCUGGUCGGGGAACGGUUGUCAUCGGAACGAUACGCCGUGGCACAAUAGCUAAGGAUGACUCGGUCUCUCUGUUGGGUUUUAGUGAGAACAUCAAAACUUCAGUUCGCGACAUUCAUAUAUUCAAACAGAGUGUUCCUAAAGCAACUGCUGGAGACAACGUCGGCGUCUUGUUGAGAAGCGUGAAACUAUCAACUGUACUACGUGGCAUGGCGCUCUGUGCUACAAACAGCGCAGAUAUUUGUAACUAUUUCGAUGCGUCCAUCUACCUGCUGUCUGAAAAGGAAGGGGGUCGCCAACAUCCAAUUCAAUCGAACUACGCUCAACAAUGUUAUUCCAGCACCUGGAAUGUGCAAUGUCGAAUCGAAUUGCCGGAUGGCGCAAUCAUCAUGCCUGGCGAAUUCGGACAAGUACGAAUGAAAUUAUUGAAACAAAUGUUCUUGAUGGAUGGACAACGUUUCACGAUUAGGGAAAGUAAUAAAACCGUUGUUGCAACUGGAAUUGUCACUAAACGGCACAAUUCAGUCGACUACCGAAAGACAAAAUAACGAAGGAAAUAAUUGUUGAGAAUUUGUACAGAUUUCGAGCUGAUUUUAUUUUAGAUUGAGAAAAUAUAAUGGACGCAGAACCAAUGCAAAA